CCAACGGGGCGUUUCAGGACAAUAAUGACCAGAACUAUUCCUAUGAACCUAAUUGUUGCCAUGGAUGACUGUGGAGGAAUCGGACGAAAUGGUGACAUGCCAUGGCAACUACCUGCCGAAAUGUCUCGAUUUGCCAAGCUGACUACAUCAACAACAGACAGUGGGAAGAAGAAUGCCGUGAUAAUGGGUCGAAAAGUUUGGGAUAGUAUACCCGCAAAAUUUAAGCCACUGAAGAAUCGUUUCAAUGUCGUACUCAGUAGGAAGAUGAAAGAAGUUACAAACGAGAAUGUAGUAAUUGCUCGAAACUUUGAAAGUGCACUCAGUCUACUGCAAAAUAUGGAGAAUAUCGAGACGAUAUGGAACAUUGGUGGUCGAGAAAUAUAUGAAUUAGGGCUUAAUUCACCAUUCUUACACCAGAUGUAUAUUACUCGUGUGGAGGGUGAUUUUUUAGCUGAUGUCUUCUUUCCUGAAGUGGACUACAGUCGCUUCAUGAAAUGUCCAGAACCAGAAGAGGUGCAACAGGAGAAAGGCAUUAAAUAUCGCUAUGAAAUAUAUACUGCUAAAACAGAUGCAGUCGCUUGAUACUUUGGUUCUUUGAUAAGCUGUAUUUUUGUCGGAUUAUCC